UCUUGGUGGCUAUAGAGUAUUUUGUAUGUGCUUUAGAUAGGCAUUGUUAGACUACGUGACCCAGCAUGCCCUGCCAGUAGCUGGAAGACCCAUGUGGCUUGCUUUGUGCUCCAGUUGCGUGCCUGACACACCGCUGCCCUGCGUCUGUCUGAUUAUAAUGAGAGAUCUGAUGCUGGGGAAAUAGACAAUGUUCUAACAUCUAUCGUGUGAUCAGCAGCACUGAGCCCCCCACCCUCACUGACUCCCCCUUACUCCCAGCACAACCCCCCUGCACUGACUCUCCCAUACUCCCAGCACUGCACUCCCUCUCUUCACUGACUCCCAGCACUGCACCCCCUCACUGAUCCCAAUCCCACACUUAACAGUGACACCCACCUCACACCCAGCACUGACUACCCCUUUCUCCAAGCACCGCCCCGUCAUCCUCACUCCCUAUUAUUCCCAGCACUCCCCUCACUUCAAGCACUGACACCUACCCCCACACACACACUGACUCCCCCUUACUCCCAGCACUGCCCCCCUUCUUCACUGACUCUCCCAUACUCCCAGCACUGCACUCCCUCUCCUCACUAACUCCCAGCACUGCUCCCAUUCACUGAUCCUAAUCCCACACUAACAGUGACCCCCCCUCCCCUCACACCCAGCACUGACUACGCCUUACUCCAAGCACUGCCCCCCUUCUUCACUGACUCUCCCAUACUCCCAGCACUGCACUCCCUCUCCUCACUAACUCCCAGCACUGCUCCCAUUCACUGAUCCUAAUCCCACACUAACAGUGACCCCCCUCACACCCAGCACUGACUACGCCUUACUCCAAGCACCGCCCCGUCCUCCUCACUCCCCAUUAUUCCCAGCACUCCCUCACUUCAAUCACUGACCCCCCCCCCACACACACACACACUGAAUCCCCCUUACUCCCUGCACUGCCCCUACCCCCUCACUCACUUUCCCCUUAUUUCCAUCACUGCCCCCACCCCCUCAAUCCAAGCACUGACACCCCCAACACAGAGACUCCCCCUUAGUCCCAGCACUGCCACCCACCUCACCCCUAACUGAUCUUAAUCCCACCGAGCACUGAGGCACAGUGACUAGUGAGAAAUACAUCCACCAUACAGACUGCAAAAACGUGUUCUAUCCUUUUUGCCAAUAUUGGAAAAGUAGGGACAGAUCCUGAUUAUGUAGGGACAAACCUUUAAACCCUGUGACUGUCCCUGGAAAAUAGGGACAUAUGUACAAGUAGUUGCUGACUAUUUUCUAUCUAUCAUACUGUACAUCUGCAUUGUCUUUCUCAUUCCGGGUUCCUCUGCCGAUACAGUGUCAGAAUGGCUGAAUAUUCUCGGGUAAAAUCCACUAAGUUGGUGCUGAAGGGGAUGAAAGACAGGAGUAAGAAAAAGCACAAAAGCAAGAAGAGAAACCGAGAGGAGUCUGAAGAAGAUAAGCUGGAUAUUGUUGGAAAUUGGUGGACAGUCAAAUGCUUUGGAGACAUUUCAGGGACUGUGGCUAUUGAAAUGGAUAAAGGAGCUUACAUCCAUGCACUAGACACUGGUCUAUUUACUAUCGGAGCCCCUCACAAGGAUGAUGAUGGUCCAGCUCCCCCAGAACAAUUCACAGCCAUCAAGUUAUCGGAUUCCAGGGUUGCGCUAAAAUCUGGUUACGGGAAAUACCUGGGGAUUAAUUCGGAUGGCCUAGUCAUAGGUCGCGCAGAUGCCAUUGGUGCUAGAGAACAGUGGGAGCCAGUGUUUCAAAGUGGGAAAAUGGCUUUGCUGGCGUCAAACAGCUGCUUUGUGAGCUGUAACGAAGAAGGUGACUUGGUAGCGCAGAAUAAAACUGCAGGUGAAGGAGAAAUGAUAAAGAUUCGAUGCUGCGCAGAAAUAGAAUCAAACAGAAAAGAUGAUAUUCCUGAUGAAGAUAGGGGCAAUGUUAAACAGUGUGAAUUUAACUAUGUCAAGAAAUUUCAAAGUUUUCAGGACCGUAAGAUGAAAGUGAGCCAGGAAGACCACAAGGUUCUUAAAAAAGCCAGGAAAGAAGGAAGUUUUCAUGAAACACUUCUGGACAGGAGAUCAAAAUUGAAAGCUGACAGAUACUGCAAAUAAAAACGGGAAUCAAAACACAUCAAUAUCUGAUUUUAGUUAUUGUAAAUUGUUUUCUUGCCUGUGUGUUUUGUUUUUAUUAUUUUGCUGACAUUGCAUUAAAGAAAAGAUUUUUUUUUAAAA